CCAGACAAAAACCCUAGCGUUAAAAGCCUCGUCUUCUUCGAAAUCUGUAGACGCCGCGCGAGCAGAGAGCAUCGCUGACAUUCGGUUCAGAGGACUUGCAGCGUGAAGCAGCGGCGAGCGGCGUGAAUCUGCUAAAAGAAAAAUGGCGGAUAAGGCAGUGACAAUCAGAACAAGGAAGUUCAUGACAAAUCGACUCCUCUCGAGGAAACAAUUUGUCAUUGAUGUGCUGCAUCCUGGAAGAGCUAAUGUUUCUAAGGCCGAGUUGAAGGAGAAAUUGGGAAGGAUGUAUGAGGUCAAGGAUCCAAAUUCCAUAUUUGUGUUCAAGUUUCGAACCCACUUUGGAGGAGGCAAAUCUACUGGGUUUGGCUUGAUAUACGACUCUGUUGAAAGUGCAAAGAAAUUUGAGCCCAAAUACAGGCUUAUCAGGAAUGGUCUAGCUACCAAGGUUGAAAAGUCGAGGAAACAGAUGAAAGAAAGGAAGAAUAGGGCAAAGAAAAUCCGCGGUGUCAAGAAGACAAAGGCUGGAGAUGCUGCCAAGGGAGGCAAGAAGAAAUGAGCCUAUCUGGUUAUGCUGUGUUUGUUUUAUGAACUUACCUUGGAUUUUGCUUACGGGUCGCGACUUUUCAAUGCUUUAGGUUAAAUUUUUGCUUCAGGACAAUGUUGAAAGUGGAACAAUUUUGUCAUGAAAUCGUUUCUUGUUUUUAUAUUUAUGGUUUCCCAAUUAUGGAGUAAAUUUUUCAUCAA